AGGGAAGGAGCACUUCCUCCUUCUCCUCCUCCUCCUCCGCUUUCCCUGGAGGGGGGGCUGGGAGCUAUAAGAGCUGUGCACUGGGUGCAGCACAAAGAGGUAGGGGUUCCCCAGCACCAUGUCUGGAUCCAGCCCUGCUACGGCAUCACUAGAGCCAGGCAUCACUGGGUCCCUGAACCGAGGCCAAACGGACGCCAGCAACAUCCCUGUCCCCCCGCAUCACCCUGUUCCCCGUGCUCAGACCUACCUGGAUGAGCUCAUCAGCAUCCCCAGAGGCAGCGCGCCCGGCUUCAGCUUCAGGAAGCUGUGGGCUUUCACUGGCCCUGGUUUCCUGAUGAGCAUCGCCUACCUGGACCCAGGCAACGUGGAGUCAGACCUGCAGUGUGGGGCCGUGGCCGGCUUUAAGCUGCUGUGGGUGCUGCUGUGGGCCACAGUGCUGGGACUGCUGUGCCAGAGGUUGGCCAUCCGCCUGGGCGUGGUGACGGGGAAGGACCUGGCAGAGAUCUGCUACCUCUAUUACCCCACGGUGCCCCGUGUGCUGCUGUGGCUCAUGAUGGAAAUCGCCAUCAUCGGCUCAGACAUGCAGGAGGUGAUCGGGACGGCCAUUGCCUUCAGCCUGCUCUCAGCCGGACGCAUCCCGCUCUGGGGUGGUGUUCUCAUUACCAUCACAGACACCCUCUUCUUCCUCUUCCUUGACAAGUAUGGGCUCCGCAAGCUGGAGGCUUUCUUUGGCCUCCUCAUCACCAUCAUGGCUCUGACCUUUGGCUACGAGUACAUGGUGGUGAGGCCAGCGCAGACAGAGGUGCUGAAGGGAAUUUUCCUGCCCUACUGCCCGGGCUGUGGGCGAGAGGAGCUGCUCCAGGCUGUGGGCAUCGUUGGUGCCAUCAUCAUGCCCCAUAACAUCUUCCUGCACUCCUCCUUGGUGAAGACCCGGGCGAUUGACCGCUCCAAGAAGGAGGAGGUAAAGGAGGCCAACAUGUACUUCCUGACUGAGUCCUGCCUCGCUCUCUUCGUCUCCUUCCUCAUCAACCUCUUCGUCAUGGCUGUCUUUGGAGAGGCUUUCUACCACCAGCGCAAUGAGGAUGUGCAUAACAAGUGUGUCAACAGCAGUGUCAGUCACUAUGCCAGCAUCUUCCCCAUCAACAAUGAGACGGUCUCUGUGGAUAUCUAUCAGGGAGGUGUCAUCCUGGGCUGCUAUUUUGGGGCUGCAGCGCUCUACAUCUGGGCCGUGGGGAUCCUGGCAGCAGGGCAGAGCUCCACCAUGACAGGCACCUACGCAGGACAGUUUGUCAUGGAGGGCUUCCUGCAGAUGCGCUGGUCCCGCUUCACCCGGGUACUGUUCACUCGCUCCCUGGCUAUCCUGCCCACCCUCUUCGUGGCUGCCUUUAGGGACAUAAGCCAGCUGACGGGCAUGAAUGACCUGCUUAACGUGCUGCAGAGCAUCCUGCUGCCCUUCGCCGUGCUGCCUGUCCUCACCUUCACCAGCCUGCGCCCGCUCAUGCAUGACUUCGCCAAUGGUCUCUCUGGACGUGCAGCAUCGCGCACGGAGCGCGGUUCCUGCCCAGGGGACGCUACAACCGGUUCAGCUUCGAUCUCACCAUGGACGGGCCGGGGGCGGCAGGGCCGCAGUGACGGGCUCCGUCCCGCACAACAGCGCCCUGCUGCCACACCAAGCCCCGGGGGGCGAUGCUUUCUAGGGAAACGCCCCCCGCACGGCAGGGGUUAACAGACUUCGGAGGGUUCUGCAAAAGCCUCUCCUUGGGUGGUGCUGGGGGGCAGGGGGCCGAGCGGGAUGGGCCCUGCCCUGCUCAUCAGCGCCGGGAAGCGGAGGCUCCUCUAAUUACCGCCGGGACCGCUAAUUACAGCCGCUCACCGCAGGGACAGCCCGGGGGGAGCCCGCUCCGCCCGUUUCGCUGCCUGCAGACCCAGAGCCCUGGUGUGUGUCCCGUCCCCCGUCCCCCCCCCCCCCCCCGGUCCCAAACGUGGCGACGCCCGUUGGCUGUCCCCGCACGGGCCCGGGCUGUUCUCCAAAGGGGCUCCGGCGCGGGAUGGGGGGGUCGGGGCCGAUAAAUUGACGUUUGUAACGCACCCUCCGCCUCUCUGUGUUGGGGCGGGGGGGUCCCGCAGCGCUGCGCCCCCCGCCGCGGCCCGCAC